AUGUUCCCGACGGCUCUGUACAGUCCCAGGUGGCUUUUGCUUCCGCGGCAGAUCCCACAACUCGCGCCGCGGUCCACGCAAGAGCUCCCGCACGCCGGGGCUGCGACGAACCUCGUGCUGGUGACGGGAGCUUCCUCGGGCUUCUUCGAGCGCCUGCCGAACCUCGUGGGCUCGGUGCACACCUGGGAGCCGAACAUGAUGGUCUGGGUGUACGACCUGGGGUUGACGUCAGCACAGAGGGCGCAGGUGGCCUGCUGGCGGAACGUGCAGGUCGUGGACCUGCCGUGGGACGACCUCCCGGAGCACAUCACCCGGAUAGCGAACUACGGAGCCAAGCUGCUCACAUGGGUGGACGCGUCCCAGCGGCUCCCGGGCGGGGCGGUGCUGUACGCCGACGCUGGAGUGGAGAUCCGCGCCCCGCUGGACUCCAUCCGGCACCUCCUCGAGCGCGACGGCGUCUUCCUGUCGCGGAUCUCCGGCUUCGUUGGCGACCAGACGCAUCCCACAACGCUGGCCAAGUACGGCGUGUCGCAACAGGACGUCGCAGCGAUGCCGUUCUGCGCGGGAGGCCUGGUCGGGGUGGUGAGCGACAGCAAGGUUGCGGGGGACCUGAUGGACGCCACGCUCGCGUGCGUGCUGGAGGAGGAGUGCCUGGACCCCCCGGGGGCGACCAAGCUGGUUCACAACUACGACCAGUCCGCGCUGAGCAUCGCGGCGGGCAAGCAGGGCCUGCAGUGCCACCCGCAGUCCGUGUUCCUCAACACCGCGCUCUUCGUGAGCAACAUCAACCCGAAGGGCCGCAGCGACCCCGUCGUGAUCAACAGCCGCAGGCACCACUACCCGAAGCCCUACGUACCGAUGGUCCGCCGGCUGUCGACCUGCCCCGCGCCGCCCCCGCCACCACAGCACGCGCUGGACCGUGUGGCUCAGGCCCAGGACGCGCGGUCGCACAUGGCGGGGCUGCGGGCCGCGAGCGGCGUCGGCUGGGCCAUCAAGACCGAGAUGCGCGAGAUGUUCAACUACCUCGGGCCGCUGUUCGUGUGCCCCACGUACCACGCUCUGGUGCUGGCGUUGUACGCUGCAGCCAAGGGAGUGCAGCGCGCGCGCAAGAAGGGCUCGCUGUGGUCAGGCCUGGGCAUGCCGUCGCCCGCACGGCCGGUGCUGCCGCUGCUGAGCGCGAACGGAGGCGUGGGUCUGCCGCCAGGGUCGCCCCAAACACGUUGGAGCAAGUCGCAGCCGGGGGCGCCCGGGACGCCGCGCACGAAGCUAAUGCGCGGGGUGUCGUCGAUGAAGACGCUGAUCGUGUGCCUCGCGGCGAUGGUAGCCCUGCCGAAUCUGUUUUGGAUUGCAUACGAGAACAUUUAG